AAUACUUGAAAAAUGAUCAGGUAUGUGUUAAUCAUCUUCUCAAAUAGUCCUUUUACAUUACAAAUGAGCUGACAGCGGAGUUUCAGCACAGCCACACGUCAGAGAUUAUCUGCGAGUUAAUCAUGUGUAGGAUCUUGCUGUGAUGUUACAGGCUUUGUCAGCACAAAAGCUUGUGAUGAAGGGAGUACAGAUUCGAGGACAUCUCUGCCUCCGUUUGAUGUGCAUAACUUAAAGAACUGUUAAAGGAUUUAAAACAUUUUUUGUUUCGUCUUUUUCUUCCUUUAUCAGCCACCUGCAGAACUGGCUCUUGAUCAUGCCUUGGUCAUCAUUUUUUCAAGGUUGAGGCAGACUGUUAAUGACUGUGCGCACCACAUCGUUUUAAGGAAUGUAAAGCAAGCAAGGGACGCAUCGUGGGCAGUGAUGCUGUUUAUGACUUCUGGUCAGACAAAGAGCUCGUGCUUUAAAAAUGAGCAUGUUGAACAUUUAACGUGUCUCUUUUAGUUCUGUGAGUCAGAACGGGAUUAAACCACUAGGUGGGACUGUUUACUUUGAUAAAAUGCCCGACUACUGCUUUGACAUGACUGCUGGUGUAUUUCAACCGUCCAUUCCCACAAUCCAGUGCAGACAGUGAGUGUUUUCUGUGUAAGCGUAAUCUCAUAUGCAUGAGUAAAUUUGUUAGUGCAAAUGUGUUACUGUGUCUCUCUUUUAUAAGUCGUCUACAAGCUGUAAUAAUCAUUUAACUAAAGCAGCAGUUCCUUACAGUUGGGGUGAAAUCACCACAGGAAAAAGUGUUUGCUUCUAAAAGCAUUAAACUUAUGACUUUAUCAACCUGAUGAAUGAAGUUUUAUGGCUUUUGCUGGUUUGCAGCAUUAACCUCGGGGGUAAAAGCUAAAAGUUUGGGGUCCGUUAUAAUGCAGGGAACAUUCCUCGUUAGAUUUACUUUCAUAUUGCUCAGUUUGUUUCAUCUAAGGGUUCCCUGUAAUUGUAGCUAAUUUAGGUCUUUGUGUACGCACUGAUUUGGCAAACACUAAUCUGUUUCAAUUUGAUUUUAUGAAUAAAACCACAGGUUUCGUAACUUGAGCGUGUUGGAAUACUUAACAUCUAACAUUUCUAAAUAUACUGUAAUAAGCAUGUGGCCAGAUUCAGCCUUGUUUGAGUUGCUGUCAGUCUGCACACACAUGGAAAACUUUUUAUCACAGCAUUUUUGAUUGAGCUCAUAAUUAGGGUUUUACAUCUUUGUGUAUUAAGCUUGCCUUUUUUUCUAUCUGCACUGCUGCUUACAUGUAAUUUUUCAUAUGCAUUGUGCGAUCAUGUUUAUCUUGAGCGGCAGUUGGGCCUAAAAUCAAGCUCAUCCUUCCUCAGUCUGGAUUUAUUCAUCUCUAAGAUUGCCUCUCAACCUUUGAAGCUACACUGUGCUGUAGGACAGAGAAAAGGCUGGCGAAGGAGGGAGGACGUGAGGGGAAUGUGAGGGCGGCUGAACUUGGAGACGAAGUGCUCUGCUGGUUUUCAGAAUGUGCAGCUUCAGUUCGGAACAGAGGUGAAGUCAGGACUUUGAAAUGUGUGAGGCUGAGGUAAUUUGGUCGGAGCUGGUGUCGCGUUGGCCUGAAGUGAAACCUUUAGUUUUGGCGUGUACCUCUCUGCAGCCUGUUCGCUUCCCUCUAACUUUCUCAAUGGAGGGGAUGCCAACUGAACACCUGCACAUGGCAUGAGAAACGUGUCUGAUCUUCAUGACGUAUGCAGGGCCCCGGCAAGACCAGGAAACGACUCCCUCCUUUUUGGUCGGAAGAGUGAUGUCAUCGCAGGGAGAGCGUGAGGUUGGCUGCGGCUUUAUUGAGCUUGGCAUUUUAUUACCAAGAGUACCAGACGUGUGACCACAUGCACCAGUCCAUGCGGGGACACAGACCUGGGAAGCUGAGAGCUUGAUAUCAUGGCAUUUGUGAACCGAUAUAAAGCCCUUUCAGAGGGAAAAGGAGAGUGAAGCAAAACCAUAAAACAGAGAAACGCAGACAGAUACCCAGAGGGGAAGAGGGACAGCAUGAGUGUGAAUGCUGAUGGGGAUAGCAACGCGUGGAGCAACAGAGCUGCAGAAUCCUGAAUCCAGCAGAUGGAGACUCCGUGUCCUUGUUUUGUGGUGAUCUGUGGAAGCAACAUGCAGCUCGCGCCUCUGCCUCGCACUGCUGCAGUGGAGGAGUAAAUGCGGAGCCCAGCACUGCUCCAGGUGAUCCACAGCAGCCCAGCCCGGCAGACUGCUCCCUCCUCAGCCUUCCCUCUCCUCCUCCUUUUCCUCCUUCUCCUUUUCCACCUCCUCAUCCUCUUCCUCCUCCACCACCUCCUCUUUUUCCUCCUCCUCCUCCUCUUCUUCCUCCUAUGUCACUGCUCCAUUCCUCUGAGGGCUUUGGAAAGAGAUAAGAAAGGAUCAGAAAAGCAGAGGAGAAAUCCUGCUGUCCCCCCCUCUGUUCUCAGAUGUGACACACCUCUGCCCGACUGUCCGCCGCUUCCCUGUCAUCGUGUGAAGACGCGCCGCAUAUGUGCUCAAAUGUCUCCGGAACAUAGACUCACUACUAGACCAGAAGACUUCAUCUUGGUCUCUGUCUCGAAAGUUCAAUGAAGGCAGACGCCUCCCUCCAUCCAGGAACAUGAAGGGCUUAUCGGGCAGCCGCUCCCAACAUCAGAUUCCUCUACCCCACGGCUUGGACUAUGAUCCCCACGUCCAUGACAUCCACACUCACCAUGGCGCUGACUCCCGCCACCCAUCCUACCUGCUCAGCCCCACAGAGAGCUGCCCUAUGGACUUCCACCACCGCUACUCACCACGCAGCUCCAUCCACUCCGACUGCAUGAUGAUGUCCCCUGUCAUGAUGCCCCCAGCUGCUGCAUCUGACCACAUCUCCAGUAGCACCUUCCCCAGAAUGCACUACAGCUCUCAGUAUUAUGACUCAGCCACACGGGACGACUGCGCUGCCAUCACAGCCUCCGCCACAUCCCCAGCUGUUGCGGCUGCAGCAGCUGCAGCAGCUGCCUCUUCCCACCAUGCUGGCACCAAGAGCAACCGCCUUCCUGCUAAUCUCCUGGACCAGUUUGAGAAACAACUGCCACUGCACCGUGACGGCUUCCACACUCUACAAUACCAGCGCACCUCCACCACCACCGAGCAACGCAGUGAGAGUCCCGGCCGCAUUCGACACCUUGUUCAUUCAGUCCAAAAGCUCUUCACCAAGUCCCACUCCCUGGAGGGAUCGUCCAAGAUGAAUGGCACAAAAGGUGACAUUGUAGGAGGGGGUUAUCACCAUCAUGGCCACCACUCCACAAAACACGGUAGCAAGAGGAGCAAGAGCAAAGAACGUAAGCACCGCUCUGGUGGCUGGUGGAGCUCAGAUGACAACCUGGAUAGUGACAGCACCUAUCGCACACCCAGUGUCAUGUCACGGCACCAUGGGGAACAUGUCGGCCACUACCACCCAGAUUCCAUGCACAGCCACCACUUUGGAGACUUGUCACUCAAGACCUCAAAGAGUAACAAUGACGUCAAGUGCUCAGCGUGUGAGAGUAUGGCCAUGGGACCCGAGGGCAAGUUCAUGAAGAGGAGCUCCUGGUCGACUCUAACAGUCAGCCAGGCCAAAGAGGCCUACAGGAAGUCAUCGCUUAAUUUAGAGAAACCCAUGAUGUACACGGACCUCAAGUCAUCGCGGACAUGUCAUUACCUGCAGGUGCCCCAAGAUGAGUGGAGUGGAUACCCAGGUGAGAAGGAUGACGAGAUCCCAUGUCGGCGGAUGCGAAGCAGUAGCUAUGUUAAAGCAAUGGGAGAGGUGGAUGAUGAAAGUGGGGACUCUGACACCAGCCCUAAGACCUCUCCACAAAAGACCAUUCGGUCAGAUGCUCUUGUCCUCAAAUCAGCCAUGCAGAGACCCCAUUUAGACUCCCACAGCCAGGGCUACCACUUGCAAACCACAAGAGAUAUACAGCCCCACCCUAGUGUCACGCUGGACCCCGCCACCUUUCAUCCCCCGCCCUUCCGCUCUCGCAACCAGAGCUACAUGCGCGCCGUCAGCACCCUCAGUCAGGCUAGCUGCGUCAGCCAGGUGAGUGAGACUGAGAUCAAUGGCCAGUUUGAGUCAGUUUGCGAGUCCGUUUUUAGUGAAGUAGAAUCCCAGGCCAUGGAGGCCUUGGACCUGCCUGGUUCGUUCCGCACUCGAAGCCACAGUUACCUCCGUGCAAUUCAGGCUGGUUAUUCCCAAGAUGACGACUGCUUGCCUUCAAUGACAUCCUCCACUGUCACUUCAACUCUCAGAUCCACAACAGGCCUCCGUAGCUUAGCUGGGGGGCGUAGAGAGUACGGUAGGUCUGGGAUUCAGUUUCGUCUCCCUACUUCCUGCAGCGUGGAUCGUGCUCAGCCACCUCCAGCGGUAUCAUAUCCUCCCAGUUACAAGAAGACUCCACCUCCUGUGCCCCCGCGCACCACCACCAAGCCUCUUAUCUCUGUAACAGCCCAGAGCAGUACAGAGUCCACCCAAGAUGCCUACCAUGAGGGCAGGCAUCCACGGGGUGGUCUGUGGACCACAGACAGUCUCGGCCGUCCCAUCUACAGCUCCAUGGACAGCCUGGACAGCACCAAGGCGGUUACCAUGGCCAUGGAGUCAGCAGCAAGCAAGAGGCAUGCGUCGUUAGGCAGCCACACCUCGGUCCAGACAUGCGACAAAGCAGUGCUGGUGUCCAAGGCUGAGGAGUACCUCAAAACCCCACGUUCCUCUAUUGGGAUACAGGUGGAAACUGUGACAGACUCUGAGACUGACACUAAAGGCCUUCCUCAGUUCCAUUCUAUAGGGAUCCAGGUGGAGGAUAAAAAACGGCAUGGGAGGUUCAAGCGCUCCAACAGUGUGACCACUGCAGUGCAAGCAGACAUGGAGUUGGAGGGAUUUCCCUCCAUGGAGGAUAAAGGUUUGCAGUUCGGUGGUGCCUUCGGCCGCCACUCUGAGCCCAGCACGCCAACACAGUAUGGAGCGAUCCGUACAGUGCGCACACAGGGCCUUUUCAGUUACAGGGAGGACUACCGGCCUUCCAGUGGGCCACCCAGCCCGCAGCCUGAACCCUGGCUGGUUGAACCCAGCCUGGAGAGCACCGACACAGGCCGAGUAACCCCCCUCCGCAGGGAUGGCAGCUGGUUUAUGCAGCUCCUUCACAACGAGACCAAGCGGUUGGAGGCAUGGUGCAAAGAGAUGGAGGCAGAGGCAGAGGAGCAUGACCUGUCAGAGGAGAUCCUAGGAAAAAUCCGAAGUGCAGUUGGGAGUGCUCAGUUAUUAAUGUCUCAAAAGUUUCAGCAGUUUUACUGGCUAUGCCAGCAGAAUCUGGACCCCAGUGCCAUGCCCAGACCCACAUCUCAGGACCUGGCUGGAUUCUGGGACCUUUUGCAACUUUCCAUCGAUGACGUCACUGCCAAGUUUGAUGAGCUGCAGCAGAUCAAGAGCAACCAGUGGCAGCUGGUGGAGAGCCCAGAGAAGAAGGAGCGGAAGUGGCCACCCCCUCUGCCAAAAAGGUCAGUCAAGGGGCGUGGUGGUGUGAUGCGGGAACGCUCUCUGGACCUUCAGGACCGCCAGCGACAGGAAGCCCGCAGACGCCUCAUGGCUGCCAAAAGAGCAGCUUCUUUCAGACAGAACUCGGCCACAGAGAGGGCAGACAGCAUCGAGAUCUACAUCCCUGAAGCCCAGACGCGGCUUUGAGGUCCACGGAUUCAUCCUCAGCUCCCCUCGUGCACCUCCACUCGACACCAGCACGUGGCGCCACAUUCAGCCCCCUUGUGCUGUCAACUAUUGUUGCUGCUCAUUCAUGUUUCCAUCUGUUGUAAUACCCUGGGUUGUCUCUACUGAAUCUACACUAAGCAAAUAUUUCACCUGUAGAAACCAAAAGUGUCUCCAGAACAGUAAAAACUGGACAACAGAUCAUUUCCCUCUUGUUUUUUUGGUCAUUUGUUUGGCUAAUGAUGAUCUUGGGCCAGCUGAAUUGGUGAUGAUAGUAUGGUGUUUAUGCACGGAUGUGGAUAUUUAAAAUAAGAACAACAACAGCAAAAAAAAAAAUUAAAAUCAGUUACAUUUCUGCCACUUGGAGCGGCUAAAACAGAAAUUUGCUUAGUGUAGUUUUAAGACCACAGGGGAUUUUUUUUUUUCGCCCCCACGAGUUCUGCACCAUGACGAUUAGUUUAUAAAGCCUAAAACGAACAUUCAUCCUUACUGCAUCACAUCACUGUUUUUUUUUAUUUUCCACACCAGCAUUUCCUUAUACCUCUUUUCCACUUAUACAGUGCCAGUGCCAGUUCUGCCUCGGUGCCUUUUGAGAACCAGCCCACAUUUUGACAGGUCUGAAAAAACGGCCACUACAUCAUAGAAGUCACAGCAACAGAAAAGCCUUUGUGGACAGAUACGCAUAUGCAUAUGCCAAUUAUUGGUGGAUUUAAUGCAGUAGCCCCCUCCCAUAGCCACCGAUGGUUCCAGCUUUGGGAUAGGCAAUUUUACGGCACCUCUGCUUCUUUGGAAAUGGACGGAACCAGCUGAAGAUUAGGCAGCUGGACUGGGCGGGUGGAAAAGGGGUACUAGACUUUUCCAUCGUUCCCAUUCUUGCACUGUGUUGAGGGUGAUGUUAUACAGCACUUGCCACAUUUAAAAGAAAACACAAAAGUGCAACUUUUUUCUCACCAGCAACAGUGGUCUUGGGCUAAAGCAACCUGUGCGGGGGUGGUUUCCCAUAAUGAUGUCACUUAGCGCGAUUGACGAGCCUCUGAAAAUCUGUAACUGCUGAAAGAAAUGCAGGGGAAGUCGUUUCUUCAACGCUUCCCAUCAAAUUUGAAGUCGGAAUAGAUGGAGAGUAACAAAAGUUUUGAUAGGGUGUUUGGGACCCUUCAUAUCGAUCCAACAAUACUUUUCCAUGUUUAAUCAGGCAUGCUGCAGCUGCUGCCCAGUGUUGCUGACUGAGAUCUAAAAAUAUGACUAAAACUCCAUCAUUUCCACAUCCAUUCAUGUUCAUCAAGACUAGACAAUUCUACGACAUGUAGGUUAUUUGCUGCUGGAUGCAUUUCCAUUGCAGAAAAAAUAUGAAUUAUUAACAAAACAGAGUUUUACAUGGCCCGAAAGAGGUGACUGUAUCAAAAAAAAAAAAUGCAUUUUGCACCUUAUAAUAUACAUGUUUGUAUUUCCAAGGGAAAUGUAGUUUAUGAAGCUCAUGCGAUAUUGUUGCAGUUGAAUUGCAAGGACAGAUAUGGAAAAUUUACUACAGAAUUUCAUACAGUAUUACUAUAUAGGUCAUAGAAAUUGCACCUUUUUGUCAUAUUGUUUCUUUUUUUUCUUCUUAAUGGCAUUACUGCCAUCGCAUAAGGAAAUAUUGUAAUUCUAACACUUUUACUUCUACUUGCAGUAUCUAUCAUAUGACCAACGUCACAAUCUACAGUAAACAUUUAGUAUUUCUAGUUAAACCUGUUGUUGGUUGAUUUGACAAUGUAUCUGUCCUAAUGACUAAAAGGUGUUCUUUAGCUAACAAACCAUUUCUCAUAACUCACUGCAUCUGACCUUUUUACCAAGUGGCGCAUAAUGAAAGCCCUUCUGUUCUUAUUUUGAUCUGCUCACAUAGUCUAGGAAAGACAGGUGCAAAUGACACUUUAACAAUAUUCAGUUACUAUAGUAAAUGGUGCUGCUUUUUACUCUAAAACUGUUGUCCUUUACCCAGUCCUAUGUGCACGCACACACACACACACUCAAGGACUUUUUAAACAGAGAUUUAUUAAUAUGGUGCCCACCGUCUCUCCGAUGACUUGUGGUAGAUUGUGACUUUAGAAACGAUCAUCUUUGCAAUGCUCUUGCCCUCAGUGAUGUAAAUGUGGAGAAGGUACGAUGGCUUAACUUCCUUUCGAAACUGCAAAGAGGUCAGGGAUAUCUGUUUAUCGCAUGGGAGAGAUUACAGGCUUUGACAUUCCACCAACCUCAAGCUAAAAUCUAAUACCGUAUGCCCGCCUUGAGCCAAGGGCAUACUGCUAUAGCUGAAAGUACAUAAUAAUACGCGUCCAUAUUUUAUACUCCCUGACACCUGCGAUGCAAGCCCAUUCAUCCUCAUUUGCCAAUCUGAACCCCAACUAAUGAAUACGAAUGUUGUUAUGGCCACAGGAAUGGCACUCAGUAGGGGAGAGCAGUCUGUGUACCAUCAGUACUUCUGGGAGGCAGUGAAACAUGCUUGUUGUGAGGGAUCGUGGGUGUACAUCAGUGCUAGAAGACCCUACCUUACCAGAUGGCCUUAACCAAAACAGUCGUGAAUGUACAGCCUCCGAUGAUGCAAAAAAUAAAUAAAUAAAUAUAAAACUAAGAUGAAAUUCUAACUAAAUUGGACAGGGCUGAAGUCACUCUCAAACCUUUUACUUUUUUAUUGUAUAUUUGCUCAUCUCAAAUCGUUUUUUUUUUUCUACUUAAUGUGACUGAUUUAAAGACGAAACAGGGUGUGAUAAAAUAACAGGAGACACAGAGAGAAUUACAUCCUCCUAUGCUUUUAUCAAAUUUGCGAUAUCACAAAUGUAGUUCACAGUUAUUCCAGAAGUGUGAAGUAUUGCUGAAAGAAAAGCGCACACUUAUCUGUGAAAACUGAAAUCGUAGUAGAGCCACUUCACACAUGAAUGAAUAUUAUAAAUUAAGUAAAAUAGGAUUUAAUGAAAGCAGGAUGUUUAAAGUAGGCAGAUUUAUAUAGAAAGUAACUGUUUCGCAUUUAAACUGAGUAAUAAAGGUAAUCUGCCAUCUAGCUCCUUGUUAUCCACAUUUGAGUUCAGUGAUUUAGUUGAUCUAAAUGCAUAUAUAUCCCUGCAGGCUGUGUGUCCCACUGUAGAACAAAGAAGAAGGUACAGUAAUUUCAUCCAAAAGACGACAAGGACGGCUUUAAUUUCCGAGGAAUCAAUACAAUUUACAGCCAAUAAUAACACACGGCUUUUAGUGUAUUGCAAGAGGGAGGAUCCAGUACGUCCUGACUGGUCAGAUUUAUUUUCCCCUUUUCAAAGAGGAAAUCGUUUUUUCAUUCAUAUCCAUUUAUUUGGGGCUUUUCUUUUUUAAUUCAUACCGUUCUGUAGUGUUUUUGUUUUGGGUUUUUUGGGGGGUUUUCAGAGCAGUUGGUUGGUGGAAAGGUGUGGUCUGUCUUUAAUUUAUUGAUGCUAUACAGGCUGCAGUUUUCAUCCAGCCCGUAUUAUCACACAGAAACCUUUUCUUUAGCCUCCUUGCUUGGGUUGCAUUUGAACAUUUUGUCCAUUUUUCACAUAAUAUUACAAUUUACUACUUUAUAAUCAUUCAUACAAUUUACCAUCUUAGCGUUCAUUGCCGUAUGCAUAUAAUACACGGUUAAGCGCUUCAAUGAGCACGUAUAUUCUCAAUUAUUACCCCCAAAUCUAAGAACUGUGGUGAUUUUGUUCAUCACUCUUCAUUUAUUUCGUCUUGGGGGGGCUGUCUCCAUUUCCAUCCUUUAAUAUCAUUUCCCUAGCAUCUUCACUCAGUUUUGGUCUGUAGGUUUGGUCUGUUGGUUUAGAAAUAUGAAAGUCCUCAUUUAUUUCACUGGUUCCUCCCUAAGUUGCGCCCUUGGAAUGAUUGGCGACCGUUUCUCUGAAUUAUGACAACCGUUGAUGGGCUAUUUUAACAAUCCAGCUGCUCUUCCACCUGACUGAAAGUCAUGCAAAUCAAGUCUACUUCCCACAGACUGAAUACUGUGAUACCAUCUUAUGUAGUACUUGAUGAUAUUUAAAGAACUACCUAUUGAAAAGAAGCUUUUUUAUUUUUAUUUGUUGUCCUUUUGUAGCUUUGAGUUACUGUUGCUUGCAGGCUUUUCAACCAGUAAGCUUGAGUAAAAUCUACAAAAUGACUUUGACGCUUUCUGAACUCGCCACCUUAAAAGAAUGGCUUAAAAAAAUAAACAGGAUUCAGAGUAACGGCCACACGGCAUGAAUGGGAGGGAUGUUUUUGCACCAACUGCAUGUCAGGAAGGCUAACGUCAGAAACAAAGAUGUCCUCAAGAGUCGCAGGGAUGCUAAUAUAAUAUAUUGUAAGUGACAAUAACGGCACACAUGGUCAAAAAUUUAGCUAAAGUGUGUGCUAUUGUGGAAUAAUGCAGGGCUAUUGUGUAAACAUGGUACCAUUUACCCUUCAUUUGCAUACCAUUUCCAAUGAAACACAUAAUAUUUGUCUUUCACGUCUCCCAGUUUUUCCCAUCAUGCUAUGAGGGGCUUAGAAGUCUGGCAACUAUGUAUAUGACAAAUCCUCAGGUGCCUUAAAGUUUGAUUCACAUAGGACUGAGUGAAUGUUUUUGGGUUGAAGUAUGGAAAAAAAGACUGCAACCUGCAAAGGACUGCACCACUAAGAGUGCAAGUUUGUCUGAAAUACCUUUACAAGGGCUGGAUACCGGGCUGGGUCGGGCUGCAGAAUUUCAAAUGGAUUUACAUUUAUAUUUGACUGAUUUAGAGGUCCUAUUGUAAUAAACUUCAGCACAAUACAGUCUAGAGGGUAUCAAAGGAGGAUUUGCUAUUUUGUUUUCCACAUUUUCUUUGACAAAGAUUCAUAGUGACUCGUUUUUAUGACAUGAGAUGAAAAACACACACAAAUUGCAGAGAACCAGUGGAUAUGACAGUGUAAAUGCUACACGUCAGAGUGUAUGUCACAUCCAUUUCUGCUAAUCAUAAAAGAUUACUUAUUUAAUAAGGUCUUUCUUUUAAUUCCUCCUAGCUGUGAUAUUGUAAUCUUGGGAUGUUUCUGCCAUUCUUGGCAUUUACGUCUACAGAAUCGGGAGACUGACAAAACUUGACCAGCCAAAAAAAUAAAAAGGGCAAUAGUGUUUUCAUACAAUGACAGGCAGGCUCACCUACAGCUAUUUACCUCAUGGUUUAGUGUUUUAGCAAACAUGGUUUUAGUAGGAGUAGUUGUGAUCUCCACAGGAACACUUUGUCACGCCUGUGUACUAUGCAGCAGUAUUUCUGUGGGGCGGCAGAGCUUGCAGGCCCUGGUGCAGAUCAUCUUUCCUUCGCAGAGAGCCGAAAGCACCACGUUCAUUGAGCUGUGCACCGCAGGAGCUAAAACACCACGCUGUCAUCGCCAUCCAGAUCCUUUACAGCUCACUCCUCAUGACUCAGUUAAGGAUUUCUUUUAUGCUGAUUUCAAAAUAAUAUAGUGUAAACAGAAAGUCGACUAACUUUCAGCAACGUUCUAAAAAAAAGAUUCACGUGAAUGUGACGAGUCAGAGUUACUUUGCCGGGGUCACGUUUCCCUGUUUAGUCGCUAUUCAAGAUAGCUGUUAUGCUUUACAGCGUCCAUAUUUUAGCCUGACAUCAUAUAACAGCUGUCCUGAAGUUAAACCUCAGAGAAGUCUGUAUAGGUGCUGAAUCAACCAACGCUUCUCCUUGUACUUUUAUUUUUCCUGAAUUUGCUUUUUUUAUUUACUUUUUUUUUUGGUUGUUGUUUUAUUCUGACAAUCAGCAAACACCAAAAGCAUCAAAAUGCACACACGCAUACACACUACAACAGCAGUGUCAUUGUAUAUCCUCAAGAUAGCGCCCUGAGUUGCCCUUCUUCAUAUCUUGGGGAUCUUUAAAGUCUCUUUGGACUCCAUUUAAAAUAUCGUUCAAUUUUUCUUUUCUCCUUGUUUCCGAUACAGUUGCACUGCAAAGAUGUCUUUCUAUUGCUUGCUCUCUCUUCUCGUAAAACCACGUGACUUUCGAUGACAUCAGAGCGUCGCCCUGUUGUCGCAAGCCAAACAACCGUCGAGUCACUGUUGAGCACGUUUCACGUCAUGCUCCCACGUGUGAGAGUGUGUCUGCUCUUCAAGCAAUAAGCCUUAUUUAAAUAUUAGGGAUAACUUUUCAUUAUCUUCUUUAGAUUUUUUGACACAUCUGUGGGAAGUCGUAGGGGUUUUGGUUCAGCAGCAACCGGCCUGACACUGAGGAAAUACACUUUAAUGUAGAAAAGUUGACCUUACCACUUUCAUUCGUGUCUCCUUUGAAGAUGCAAGCAGUUGCUUAGCUUGACCACAUAGACUCGAAACAGGGGAAAGAAUCUGUGCAUGUGAAAAAAUAGACUAAAACAUCAAACUACAAAUAUUUGCUAUGUUGGUUUGGAAUAUGACAAGAUGUCUUUAGGGGUGCUUGCAUUAAGAUUUUAUGACCUUUAGAGAGACACGGAUUGUCUGUUCCCCACAGUCUUUAUGCUAAGAUAAGCUAUCUGCUACCUUCAUGCUACCUAUCUGCAACGGCAACGAAAUAGCUAAAAUUGAUUCAUUCAGAGAUCACUCAGAACAUUGAUUUAAAUCCAAAGUGAUAUAGGUGCUCAACAACCUUGCAUUUAUAUAAGAGCAGAAUCAGAAUGCAACCAGGGGAGUCGAGUUAACUCAGUGGUGUAGACUGACCUUUUAUCUCUGUAUUUAGAAAUUUCACAUCAAUUGUUUGCAAACCCUCCCCAAUCCAUCUGACAAUCAGUCUGAGUCAAAUUGCAGCUGUUUGGAGACUGGCUGCCUCCCGCCAGGCAAUCACCUUGCGGUCAGUUGUGAGUAAGAGUGCAACUUCUUGUAGUCAAUCUCCAAAUACAAAAAAAGAAUCAACGCAAUCAGUGAGAAAACUAGGAGGAUGUCGUCCUGUUUUCCUCUAUAGUGACUGAGCUGUUCUACAAACUUGAGAGUGGUACCGCGCUUUUCAUCAAACUCUCUUAAACAGUCUAAUAAUGAAUGUCUAAGGCAGCCUUAAAGGUUACGUAUUUCCUCUUAUGUCAUUCAGGUUGUUUUUAUUGCUCAUUUCAGUGUAACCUCAGUGCCCAUCUGUAUUAUGGGUAUGAGUCAUAAUAAAUCAUCUGAUCAGCUCUAAAUAUAGACACUUUCAAAUUUGUACAUUGUCCUAAUAGGGUUUUGUUUUGUUGAGUUUCUUUACAUUUAUGUUGUUUGUUUCUUUCUUUUUUUAGUGUCUCAUGUUUUAUGAGGAGAGAGAACAGUCACUUUUGUUUGCCUUUGGUGGAGAAAUGUCUUGUAUUGUGGCUGUGGGUAGAAAACAUUUAAAAAAAAAGGCCUCUCAUGGGUUUUUGGAAAGUGACAUGAGAAAAAUUUCAUAGCAUAAAAAGGUUUGUGGUUAGCUUAAAACUAUUUUGAAAUUGUUAGAUAUAUCAAUAAUGAGGAUAAAUAUAAUGCCAAAUAUUCAGUAUUUGUACAGAAAUAUACAUAUAUAAAUAUAUAAUAUAUGCCUAAUUUAAAUGGAACUAUUUUCCACUCUUGACCAUAUUUUUGUUGUUUAAUGUUUCUUUGUCAACAUUAUUUUAUAAGCUCUUCAGAUAGCAUGCAGGAUAGUGAAAAUGAAUGUAUUAUUUAGUGUUUCAUUGCUGGUCAGUAUUACAGCAUUCUACAGAUCAGUUUGUGUUUGUAGGAUUAAUUUAAGCUGAAUAUUUCAUUUCUAGACUUUUGUUUAUCUAUAAAUGACUUGUAAACUUUCUUUUAUAAAUGCAAGGUUUCGAAACAGUUUCAACAGUUUAUAUCAUUUUAUUAUUUCCCUGCUUAUCAAUGUGGUUCAGUAUACUUUGCCUCUUCUAAGUACUGCUAUCAACCAUCUGUUGUAAAUAAUUAUGCAAAUUAAACUUUUUGAAGAAAACAG